UAUAAAGCCAGCGAUUGUAAUUCACUAUCAUAUUUUGUUUCCUUUCAUCUGCAAAUUCUCAAGAUGUUCACCCAGCAGUCUCAGAUUGUAGCAGAUCUAGCCACAAAGUGGACAGGAUCAUUCCUAGUCAGCAGCGAGGUUUUCGAAGACGUGGAAGAGCUUCUAUCCAGGAAGAGAGUCAAGUACUCUUUUAACAGCUUUACUGGCAUACUCUCGUUUACGAUGCCUACAUUUGUGCAUUCAAGUUAUCAGGUAUGGAUGCGACAAUGGGAAGAGAAUCUAAAGAACGCUUCGGAGGAGUUUGACGAAACUUCAUUCAUGGUCUUGGACGGUGCGACUUUGAUAGACUUCAAGGGCCGAUAUAAGACAAGUGCAAACUUCCCAGUUGCAGGUCUAUAUCCCAAAGGUAGAAAAUGGCCAACAAUCGCUCUCGAAGCUGGAUACUCUGGUGGUCAUGACGACGACCAUAAUGAUGAUUCAGCAUUAUUGUUAGAGGGGUCUGAAGGAAGGAUAGGACUGGCCAUUGUGGCCAAAGUAAAGCCACUGGAUCCUGAAGAGAUAGAGGUAGCGAGUGGGUUUGCGCAAGCCUACCAGUACGAGCAAGAGGCAGGGAAAAUGGUCAAAUAUGGAGGCGGAAAGUGUCUGUACCCUCCUCCCCAAGAUCGCCAUAAGCAAUGCCUGGAUUUCAACUGGAGCCAGAUUCUGCGAAAUAAAAAAGAUAAACUUGUUUCAUAUAAAACACCAACGCCACCACCAAUAUAUCUCGAAAGUCUCCGUGAGAUUAUGGCGGAAAAUGUGUGCAGAUAGCUUGCGCGCAAGCAAGACAGGGACAACGAUUCGUAGAAGGAGUAGGCCAUUAUGGGCUACAUAAGGAUCCAAUUAUGGUAUAGUCCAACGACCAGCCAAACCGUCCCACAGAAAACCUAUGUUGGGUAUAUGUACUCUGACUUGAUCUAUCGAUACCUACUGUGUUCUGUCGACCCUGAUUGUUGACAUGGAAUGACUGGUAUAGUCCACUAGAAAUGUCCGGAUAUUUAUUUUAGUCUAGCGGUAUUUUGUAGUUGACAUGUUCUUAUUC